GCCACUCCCGAGGUUCAUUGUUUGUGACUCAGACUUCCAAGAGCAAAAAAGACAGACAGCAGGAGCGGAUUACACAGCGGAUAAGCUAUGAACAGCGACGGCGAAGCCUCAUCACUGCAGAUGCCCCUGCCCCAGAUGACGGUGCAGGGCAUCCUCGCAGGGGAAGCUCUACAAUCACCCGACCCUGCGCCUCUUUCGGUGGCGGAGGCGGUGUCCAACACGGACUUCUACAUCGGAGUGGGCCUGGCCAUUUCCUCCUGCUUCUUCAUCGGCUCCAGCUUCAUCAUCAAGAAAAAGGCCCUCAUCCGGCUGAGCAGAUACGGCGAGGUUCGGGCUUCGGCCGGAGGAUUCGGAUACCUAAGGGAGUGGAUCUGGUGGGCGGGCCUUUUAACGAUGGGUGUGGGAGAAGCGGCCAACUUUGCGGCCUAUGCCUUUGCGCCGGCCUCUUUGGUGACCCCAUUGGGUGCCUUGAGUGUGAUCAUCUCCGCCGUGAUGGCCUCCAGAUUCCUCAACGAGAAGCUGAAUCUGCUGGGCAAGAUAGGCUGCUUCCUGUGCAUACUGGGCUCCACGAUCAUUGUGAUCCACUCGCCCAAGGAGAAGGAGAUCGAGGAUCUGCAACUGCUGUUCGACAUGCUCUUGGAUCCGGUGUUCAUCCUGUACAUGAUCUGCAUCAUUGGCUCCACGGUGUUUGUGGCCUGCUUUAUUGCCCCGCGCCAUGGACACACCAAUGUGGUGGUCUAUAUCUUCCUGUGCUCGGGCAUUGGAUCGCUGACUGUGAUGUCGUGCAAGGCCUUGGGUCUGGCCAUUCGGCAGACGCUAAACAAUGGGGGCAACGUGUUCCUCACCUGGAUGCCUUGGUUCCUGAUCCUGGUCACCGUCACGUUCAUAGCCAUCCAGAUGAACUACCUGAACAAGGCGCUGGAUAUAUUCAACACCAGCAUAGUGACGCCAGUUUAUUAUGUGAUGUUUACCACCUUGGUGAUUGCUGCCUCUGCCAUCCUGUUCAAGGAGUUCACCCACAUGCGAUUCGACGACAUCCUGGGCGAUGUGUGUGGCUUCCUCAUCGUCAUAACCGCCGUCUUCCUGCUCAACGCCUUCAGGGACAUUGAUAUAUCGCUGAACGAUGUGAGGGGUCUGAUGCGGCCCAAAAUGCAGCGGGUGUCGCAGUUUGACGAGGAGGUUCUGGUCACCAGCAACUCCAAGGAGCGACGUCUGUCCUACGGAUCCGGGGACGUCUACCGGAAGGCCUGACGCAAGCAGCGCUACCAGGUCUAGUUGCAUCCCCCGCAGCGAACGGCCUGAAGAGGAGCUUCUCGCUCCGCAGACGAAGCAAUGGUCCAAAUAUCUGUGCAUAUCACUUGCCCACACACACAUCUCAUCCCCAUCGUUGUUCCUUCGAUCUUGUUAUCCACACAUUCGCUAGCUUAAGAUCUUAGCUUUAGGUUGAAACUAUAUUACAGACGAUUUACUAAACAAAAA